AUGAUUGAGCCAGUUGUUUUCAGCGGUGAUGACAACAAACUUCACAACAUUGCCAUAGAUCCUGAUAUAUUGGGUCCUUUAGGUUUGGGUUUUGAAAUGCCUGUCGAAACGUCAAAAGGGGAUGGGAGCAUUAUAGGUGUUGAAGACAACAAUGUGUGUGUGUUACUUGACUCAAAUAGGACCAAACAACUCAUUACGACAUUUCCUCUUCACGAGAUGGGUGGGUCUGUGCGGUUGUUGCAUGGUACAUAUCCCGAGCAUCGUUUAAAGACCGUGCUGUUUCGAGAGCAUCGCGCGAAAAUUGUAACCCAAAAUAGGCAGGGUCCCUGUCCGGUCUUGGCCUUGUUUAAUGCCUUGGUAUUAAGUAACAGAAUGCAUCCUUCCUAUUAUUCCGAGUACAGUAUUACGUCGCGUGAGCUCAUAAAAAGCCUAGCGAGCUAUUUAUCCUGCAACGAAUCAACUACAUUGAUGUGCGGCGCUGCCACAGCAGAGGGGCUGUCGCAUUCUUUAUCAGGCCUGAAUGAAGAGGUUCCAGAGAUCAGGGGAACGAAGGACAAAGAUACACAUGAGAUCGGCUCUGUGUGGAGGAACACGAAUGUAGAAACUACGACGCUGCCAGUUGCACCAGCGUCAACUCUGACCGAGCUUAUACGAAAUCCUUCAGCUUUGCAGUUAGUCCGGGAGUCCCUCCUGAGGACGCAGGAGCAGGUUGUGUCGCUUCUGAACCGGUUAUACAACGGUAUGAAUAUUAACCCCAUUUUUACGGACUGCGAGGGCUUUGUUGCCGAUAACGACGUGUCGCUUUUCGCGCUAGCUGGACUUCGUUUACUACAUGGAUGGGUCAUCAUACCUGAGAGUGUUUAUGCCCCUUUGCGGAAGAUGUCUUUUAACGAAUUAACAACCCUGGUAGCGUGCUCUCCACCGUUGGACCCACUAGUUAAUUCCAAUCCCGUCAGUUCUCCGUUUUAUUUGAUUGGGACUUCGACACCCAGCAUAUCGAAGCACAAGGACAUUGCACAACCUAUAUCACCAAAUCACACCUCAACUACUCCAACUCUACACUCACAGGAUAAAGGUGACGCCGAGGAGGCCGCCUCCAUGGAGGAGAGAGAUUCUGACUCUACGUUGGUAAGCUCGAAAGAGUUCUACAAUCUUGCGAAGAGCUUUUACGAAGCUACAAAUAGUGCUCAGAUGACACCAGAGGGUUAUGCUGAGCUGGUGAAGGUUGUGAAAGAGGGUGAGGUGGUGGUAAUCUUCUGGAGAAAUCAUUUUUUUUCGUGUGUCAAACUGCAAGAUCGUCUAUUGGCUCUGUGCUCUGAUGAAAGCUUUGCGGAUAAGCCAUCCAUCGUCUUCUCUGUUAUUUCACAGGACAUGGAGGAAGAUGGUUUUACAGACGCCGACGGUGUUGAUGUCGAUUCCACGAUAAGGUAUGUUCAGGCUGUUGCGGGAGAUCGGUUUUCGGAAACUGUCAUUCGUGCUGCGAAGCACAAACUAGCACAACUCCAUCCGAUGCAGCGGAAUGAUCCAAAGGCUGUCGCAGACUACUUGUUGGAGGAUAGAGAACGUGCAGAAAAGCUUCAAGAAGAAUCCAACCAUAUAAACAACCAACAGCGGCUGCUUUCAACGGAUCCCCCAGGAAAAGCUCAGUUGCCACGUCCACGUACUGAUUCCACCCCGCCUAACGGCAGCCAGCCUCAGCUCCAUCUACCUGCCACCGCCAGUGGGAAUGCAACGGUCUCUUCUACUCAUACAAGUUCAGUCUAUACAUCAAUGACUUCUAUUGUCUCGCGCUUUAGAGAUAUUUUCCCCCAAGUAACUGAAGAAAUGGCAAUGGAAUACCUUCUGAAGCACGGAGGUAACCUUGAAAGCGCUAUCAACUCUUAUAUGUGCGCGUAG